AUGACACUAACGUGGGAUCCUCCUAUCCGGCGGGUGCGACCGCCACCGGCCGUCGAUAGGCCGAAUCGGUUCCGCUUCCUAGGCAAACGCAUCACCACCCUAAUAGGCAGACCUCUUGGGGACGGCCCGACUGCGCUACCCGUCCCUCAUCCCCGUCCGCGUCCACUGACACCGACCACUGAAGACGAUCUGGGGAUGCAUGAGCAGAUGCAGUCACCGUUUUUUGGACGACUACCCCUGGAUAUCCGCUUGCGUUUAUAUGAAGUCUUGUUCGGAAAACGCGUUGUGCACAUUGGGAUGGAGUAUGAUUACCCUAUUCGCAAAGGAAACGGGCACGGUGGUUAUGAGAGUAGAUGGCCAAGAGAAAAAGCAGGACAGCGCAGGGAGUGGCGCUGGAGAAGUUGCGUUUGCUGUCGCGGCUCUAACAAUCUCUGCAAAGAUAAGUGUACGGGCGAAUGUGGCUAUCGUGAUAACCAGUAUUGCGAAGAGAAUGGUGUCGCGAAAAAUCCAGAAAAGUGUAGGGUGGACGCGCGAUGGAUUUUAGUGUGCCGUAAGGCAUAUUACGAAGGCAUCGCUGUCCUAUACGAGACAAACACUUUUACUAUGAGAUAUGCCAUUCAUAAAACCCCUCCUAUAGCCGUCCCACUAGGACAUGAAGUCCCCUACUACCAUAGAGCUUUAGAUUGGUACAGAGUUAGUACGUCGUCGAUUCCAUCUAUUCCUGAUUGCAACGACUAUGAGAACCCUGGAUGCUGGAGACAAUUAUCUAUCAUUUCACUGGCUCUUCCUACGAACCACUUCGGAUCAAUUACAUCUCUCGAGAUUACCCAUUGGGGUAUUAUAUGGCCUCCUGACCCCGGCCAACCUCAUGAACUCCAAUGUUACGAAAACACCUGGCGCGAGAUGCUUCUUCCGCGGCUACGCAGAUUGAGGGUCCAUCUUGAAACAUGGUAUUAUGAGGGUUAUGGGGUUGUUUCCCCCAGGAUUGAGGCUGCUUGGUUUAGUGUAGUUGACGAUAUUAUCCGUUCGAGGAAUCUGCACCUUGAGUUCAUGGUGCCCGACUCUUGGUUGUUCGCGCUGAAUACCCGGAAUGCUGAGCCCUUGACCGGAUCCAGGGGGCCGCAUGACAGGUUUUGGAGAUCUGUCGAUUCAGUCGAGGGCGCUGGGAAUUCUUCUAAGGGACUUGGGUACUUUGUAGUUGGGACUUGGGAUAUGAAUCCAAAUCGGAUGAGCAACUGGUAA